AUGCGUCUUGAAUUGUUCCCGAACAAAUGCUGUAAUAUCAUAAGAAUGCGGUUCUCUAUGAGGUCUCUGCUCCUCUUAGCGCUAGUCCUGGCAGAAGCUUUUCCCUGUCGAAUCCGAACUCCUUGUGUUACUCGUCGCGAUGAUAAUAUCAAGAAAGUAGCGCACAAGUUCCGCCCAAGGACUAUCAAAAGAACCACUCAUGUCGAUGCUGAGGGACUGCGCCCAUCGAGAAACUUACACGAUACCAUCACAAAAAUUCAAAUCGAUGCUAGCGAACUGCGCCCAUCUAGAAACUUACACGAUACCAUCACAAAAAUUCAAAUCGAUGCUAGCGAACUGCACCCAUCGCGCUUAUUGCACCAACCGUGUCGCGAACAUCACUUGCAUGUUACUGACGCAAGUGCUUUGUACGAUGCUAUCCUUGAAGUCUUGCGCAGUACUGACUCAGAUGGCUUGCACGACGCCAUCGCAAAAAUCUUGGACGAUUUCAUGUCAGGACGUCUUUAUAGAUCAGGAUCAGGUGGUCGUUAUGGUUUACGAUCAGGAGGUCAUUAUAGCUUAUACGCUCGUAAUCGCCUGCGACCAGAAGUGAGGACCGAGAUCCAAAAUGGGUAUUGUGGAAGUGGAUGGACUUACUUUAAUAGCACUAACUCUUGCUAUAAGACCUUAUUCGACGAAACUUGGACCGCUGCCGAGAGCAUUUGUGUUUUGCUUGGAGGACAUUUGACUUCUAUCCAUAGCCCCGAAGAAAAUCUUUUUGUAUCGAAUCUGUCAAAGGCAGGUGUCAGACGAUCUCACUGGAAAAAGGCGACCUGGAUAGGCCUGCAUCAAGCAAGUUAUCCAAGUAGCAAGGAAUGGACGUGGACUGAUGGCACGAAAGUUGACUAUUCACCAUUUGCUCGUCGUGAGCCGAAUAACCUUGCCAGACGUGAACAGUGCGCACAGCUCUAUAGCGAUGAACCCCAUUCCCAGCAAUGGAAUGAUUAUCGCUGCGAUGCCAAGAUGAGGAACUUCGUCUGCAAGAAAAAGUCAUACCCUCUUCUUUGAAGUAAUAGUAUUUUGCAUCUGAUGGUUGUCAUCUGAGGCCCUUGGACAAUAUGUAAAUGGAGUAUAAAGUCUGAUUCAAUGGUUU